GAUGAUUGUGACUUAAUGAAGGCUGAACUGUUGAUCUCACUCAGAAUGUCUCUGACUGUUUCUCUGCUGUUUCUGCUCUUCAUCUCUGGAGUUGUUGCUCAGGAUGGGUGGGCUGUGAAUUACAACUCUAAAUCUUUCUGUGCUCUAAAGGGGUCUGAAGUGACCAUGAGCUGCACUUACACAUAUCCAAGUGGUUACAGGGUCCACAAAGCUUUCUGGACCAAAGAGUCUGGUAAAGGUUCAGAGCCUCCUGAUCUGUUAGAUGAUCCAGAGUACAGAGGCAGAGUUCAGUACCUCGGAGAUGAACACAGUGACUGCACUCUCAGAUUUAAGACUGUGAGAGAAAAGGAUCAAAGUAAAUACUACUUCACAUUUAUAACAGACCAACCUGGAGGAAAGUAUCAAGGUGAAGGUGGAGUUGAUCUUUCAGUCACAGAUCUCCAGGUGGAGGUUCCUGAGAGAGUGAUAGAGGGAGAUAAAGUCACUCUCACAUGUAAAACCACCUGCAGUCUGACAGUCAGACCAACAUUCACCUGGUACAGAAAUGGACAUCGUUUAUCCUCCAGUACUGACCAACUCCACCUGCAGCCGGUCAGCAGGGAGGAUGCAGGCAGGUAUCACUGUGCUGUACUGGGUCUGAACUCUCCUGAGGUCACUCUGAAUGUCAGAUAUGGCCCAAAGAGCGUCUCAGUGUCCAUCAGUCCCUCUGGUGAAAUAGUGGAGGGCAUUUCAGUGACUCUGACCUGCAGCAGUGAUGCAAACCCACCUGUGGAAUAUAACUGGUUUAAAGGAACAUCAUUCGUAGCAAAAGGAGAGACUUACACAAUGAAGAAGAUCAGCUCUGUGGACAGUGGAGAAUACAAGUGCAAAUCCUCCAAAGAACGUCUCAGUGUCCAUCAGUCCCUCUGGUGA